AGGGUUAGUGACUGGCAAGCUGCAAAAAUAAGCCAAUGCACGUCGCGUUGCUUUAGAUUGGCCUCGCGUCAAAAAAGUCGAGUCGGUUGAGUCCUGUAAUGGUCUCCCCACUCAUACUCAAAGACUCUGACUACGCCGGUCGAGUCCUCUGAAUCUACCCUGAUGCGCCUUGGGUUAGCUGGACGAGGAUUUGGUGGACUUGCCUCACCAGCGCAAGAAGCAGAUACAACUGCUAUUUUCUAAAAUUCACCGACCGACGAGACGUCCAUCCUCUCCUUGCUACAAGGAGGCGGUCGCGUGAAAGGUGAACGUGGAAGGCUCGACAGUGUAGCCGACGCAGUACGCACGAUGGCCACUUCCUGCGAGCUCAGCAACGUCACAGACCCUACCGACUGGCAGGGCGAAUUCCGCUUCCUUCACGACCUCGACCAGUCGCUGCGGUGCGAGCUGUGCGCAGGGAUAUAUGAAGCACCCGUCGCUUUCAAAGCUUGUGGGCAUUCUUUUUGCUCCAAGUGCAUUCGAAGACACGUCAAUCAGCCAAAUGCAUCGGGCCAAUUCUGUCCCAAAUGUAGACAGACAAAAGCAUACGAUUCGGAGCUGGUACCUUUGCCUAGUCUUGAAGACGCGGCGGUCGCUUGGAGAAAGUGCAGAGCACAACUCGCCACGGUGUCAGACCGCGAGCGUAGACGAGAGCAACAGGCCCGAGUGCAAACGCAAGUCUCAGCGGCCGCAACGAGCUCCGAGGACUCACCAGUCCUUCGCGCUGCGCAGAAGCGGAAGCGCAGUUCGUCUCCGCGAUACGAGUCUGCGGAAAACAACGAAACGAAUGAUGAUGCGUAUUUCGGGGACGCUGUAGCUGGUAGUAGGGGUUGCAGCAGUAGGCGGGCGUUGCGCCCUCGCAUAGCCCGCAAGCUAAGCAACGGGAGAAAAAGCAUGUAUGAGGAGAUUCCUUCUGAGGCAGAUAAGGAUGACGGUGCAGAGUCAAGCGAUGGAUUCGAGAUACUAGGUGGGGCUGCGAUGCGCAAAGAAAACGGAAAGGCGAAGGCUGGGAACUCGGGUGCCUUGAAUGGCAGUGCAGCACAGAGCAAACCUACUGAGAACCCAUCUGUCCGGGAUUCCGACUUGCAUGCGCAAUCUGAAGUUCCUUGCCCUAGCUGCAAUUUCACGUUCACUCUUGCAGCGCUGAAUAGACAUAUCGACCGCAGGCAACUGGCAUGCAGCCCCAAUGACCCGCUGCCGUCGCGUAGUGAGCGUGGCCUGGAGGUGCAAGCGGCACCAUCCGCAUCGAAGAAGGAUUCACGAAGUUGGUUUACGCGGGUCACACCUGGGAGCGCGGGUACGCGUUCAGCAAGCACGGGCCAUGACAGCAACAUAAAUCAUUGUGUGACAACGCCAAGCCGACCCUUGGCGCCAUCUGCCAAUGCCGUAGAGACUCAGCGUGCCCCACCAUCAAAGCCCAAACGCCUUUUGCGACCGCAUUAUCACAGCAAAAAGGAGAAGGACCUCCGCGAUUUGCUCAACGAAUUUGGCCUGUCGACGCUCGGUGGGAAGGAGCGACUGAUCGAGCGACACAAGCAGUGGGUCAACCUGUACAACGGUAACCUUGACUCGUCCGAGGCAAACCGCAAAGACAUUCCCGCGCUGCGGCGCGAGCUACGAGAAUGGGAUAAGCAGAUGGACGAGGUGUCUAGGCAGAGAGUCAAAGGCAAGGCAGCGGUGGGCGGCGCCUCUGGCGAUGCGGCAGCUUGGGAGGAGAGGUACAAGGAUCAGUUCAGAGAGUUGAUCGCUCAGGCAAGGCAGUCUGCGCUGGCGAAAAGGGGCAAGCCAACGGAGAACAGUGGGCCAUCCAGCAGCCAGAUGCCAAAGCCCAGCUUUCCGCUUGCGUCACCCAUGUCUGACCCACAGUCGAAGCAAGAUGAAUCUAAAGUGCCUCCCCCGCGGGCUCCUCCCGAAGCUUUGGCCAAGCAAGUUCCAUAUCUAGACUGCGACGAUGGCCCGCUUGACGGGGGCAGCAUGUAACUCGUAAUACAAUAAUACCCG